GCGAAUCCAAAGAGGCAGGUAGCUGCGGCGCUGGGCCGGCGGCGGCGAGUCCACGUGCUCCCCGCGGCCGGUUGAAACCGUUGGCGGGCGCUGCCUGAGAGGUGAGGGGCGGUGGCCCAGAGGUCCGACCUAGAAGGCUGGGGCUCAGAGAGCAAUGUUUGCUGUCUUCCAUUAGAGGGACUGAAUUUCCACAUGACGGCUUUUUGACAAGACUUAAAACCUGUCUCAGAUAGAAUAUUUAGCCAUUUACCUCAAAAUGGUAUUUUUUACAUGCAAUGCAUGUGGUGAAUCAGUGAAGAAAAUACAAGUGGAAAAGCAUGUGUCUGUCUGCAGAAACUGUGAAUGCCUUUCUUGCAUUGACUGCGGUAAAGAUUUCUGGGGUGAUGACUAUAAAAACCACGUGAAAUGCAUAAGCGAAGAUCAGAAGUAUGGUGGCAAAGGCUAUGAAGGUAAAACCCACAAAGGCGACAUUAAACAGCAGGCGUGGAUUCAGAAAAUUAGUGAAUUAAUAAAGAGACCCAACGUCAGCCCCAAAGUGAGAGAACUUUUAGAGCAAAUUAGUGCUUUUGACAACGUUCCCAGGAAAAAGGCGAAAUUUCAGAAUUGGAUGAAGAACAGCUUAAAAGUUCAUAAUGAAUCCAUUCUGGACCAGGUGUGGAAUAUCUUUUCUGAAGCUUCCAACAGUGAACCAGUCAGUAAGGAACAGGAUCAACAGCCGCUCCACCCAGUGGCAAAUCCACGUGCAGAAAUCUCCACCAAGGUUCCACCCUCCAAAGUGAAAGAUGCCGUGGAACAGCAAGGGGAGGUGAAGAAGAAUAAAAGAGAAAGAAAGGAAGAACGGCAGAAGAAAAGGAAAAGAAAAAAGAAAGAACUAAAAUUAGAAAACCACCAGGAAAACUCAAGGAAUCAGAAGCCUAAGAAGCGUAAAAAGGGACAGGAGGCUGACCUUGAGGCGGGUGGGGAGGAAGUCCCUGAGGCCAACGGCUCUGCAGGGAAGAGGAGCAAGAAGAAGAAGCAGCGCAAGGACAGUGCUGGUGAGGAAGAGGCAAACGUGGGUGCAGGAAAGAGGAAGCGGAGGCACUCAGAAGUUGAAACAGAUUCUAAGAAGAAAAAGAUGAAGCUCCCAGAGCAUCCUGAGGGCGGAGAACCAGAAGACCAUGAGGCUCCUGCAAAAGGUAAAUUCAACUGGAAGGGAACGAUUAAAGCAAUUCUGAAACAGGCCCCAGACAAUGAAAUAACAAUAAAAAAGCUAAGGAAAAAGGUUUUAGCUCAGUACUACACAGUGACAGAUGAGCAUCACAGAUCCGAAGAGGAACUCCUGGUCAUUUUUAACAAGAAAAUCAGCAAGAACCCUACCUUUAAGUUAUUAAAGGACAAAGUCAAGCUUGUGAAAUGAACAUUUCUGUAUUUAAAAAUUGAAUCCAUUCUUCUGUCUUCUUCCUUUCACUGCUGUUUAUAAAAUGUGUAAUGAAUUCUAACAACUCAAAUUUUGCUUUUUGAAGCUAUAUUUUUAAGUUAAGAAAAAAUGUAUUUUUGGUAUAACUUUUAUGAGAAAAGUAAAAUAUAUUCUUGUCCAAACUUCUAAA